UGCCUUCCCUGCAGACAAUGGAACUACAACUCCCAGGGAGACCCGGAAGCAACCUCGGCAACGCGCGGCUGUUGCAGCUGUGGCCGAGGUCCGGGCCUGAACCUGGACCAUGCUGCUGGCGCCCCAGGAAAGGUCCUCCUCAAGGAAGAGGACGGGGCAAAGUCGCUGGAAACGACUUACAAGGAAGUCGAGUCCCAAGCCUGCUUUUGACCCUGACAAUGUGGAACACUGGGUUGAGAGAGUGGAGAAAGCCUCAGAAUUUGCAGUUUCAAAAGCAUUUUGUGCUGGAAAUUCAGAUUUAUCCAGGUUUUGGUACCAAAGCACAGAUAUGGAAACAUCUGAACAAACAGAGGAUCAUGAUGAAGUCUAUGCAGAAGGAGCUGGUCAAUGACUGGUUAGAUACCAAACUUAAACAGGAACUAACAAGUGAUGGAGAAGGUGAUGAUGAAGGAUACCCUGUGUCAAGUAUCCCUUUUCUGUCAGAAGCCAAUGACCACUUGAAAUAUGACAAGUUUGAUGAUUUAUGUAGAUAUUUGGAGGAAGAAGAAGAAGGUACCACCGUUCAAAAAUUUAUAGACCAUCUGUUCCAUAAAGAUGUGGUAGAUUCUGGGAUGUUGGAAGAUCUUGGAAUGAAGGGAAACCAAGACAAGAAGCAGCAGAAGGAUCCUCGUCUUACCAUGGAGAUGAGACAUAAGCAGGUAAAAGAAAAUCGCUUAAGACGUGAGAAAGAACAGGAGCGGCAGAGAAUUGAAAAAACCCUGAAAAAAUCAGUCUUCUUAGAGGCUCAGUAUUUGGUGCAAGGUGAGAAGAAAAGAAAGGCUCUGGAGGCCAAGAAAGAGGAAGAGGAGAUUCAAAGGGAGAUGGUGAAGCUGCGGAGGGAGAUAAUUGAGAGGAAACGCACUGUGGAAGAAGCAUGGAAAAUAGAAAAGAAAAGGCAAGAAGAAAAUUCUCCCAAAAAUCCAGAAAAAGGCAUGUUCGAAAGGGUUCCUAUACUGCUGGAUGAAGGAAAAUUGGCAAAAGAAAGAAAGAAGAAACUGAAAGAGUUAUUAAUCCAAACUUUCAAGGAAAAUCAGCAGUGUCAGAAACGCUAUUUCUCUGCCUGGCACAAGCUGAUUCUUGAUCACAGGAUUAAGCUGGGGAAAGCUGGAACCCUGUCCGACUGGAAGUUUCAACUGAAGGUCCUGCGAGCCUGGAGAGAUUACACAAGAUCCCAGAGGCUGGAACGGGAAACGCAAGCUAUAGAAAAUGAGCUUAGGGAAGAAAACAGAAAACAACAACUGGCCACUGAGUAUAACCGAAAACAAGUUCUCCGACAGCGCUUUGCGGAAUGGCAGCGUUGGCAUCGCGCAGAGAUCCUAAAGAGAGAGCUAACUCUAGCAAAGGAAGAAACCAGGAAAAAAAUGAAUGAGCUGCUGAAGGCAGCAUCACUGGGGAAACUCAGUGCAAGUGGGUCAUCGGGCUUCUGUAUACUUGAGGAGGCAACAUCCACAGUGGAUCCACCUAUAAGAAAUGGAGAGGUGACUGCCAUGUCCCAUUUGUGGGAAAAGCCUCCAUCAGAAUGCAAUGAUUUUAUGCUCAGCCCCCCAUUGGGACGACCAACAAAGAGCAGCAUACAGGUUCCCCUCCAAAAUGUCCCUCAGAACACAUCUGACAAUAAGCAGCACAAGACCCUGGAUGUUGAGCCCUCCCAACAGCCUGGCGGCAGUGAGAAACUCAGAACUACCAGUCAGAAAUCAGAACCUAUUUGCAUGGGUCAUUUCCACAAUCGCCAUAUCUUCCAGCAACAGCUGAUUGAAAAACAAAAGAAGAAACUUCAGGAACAACAGAAAACAAUUCUGGAAUUGAAGGAAAGCCAGCGGUUGGCAGAGGCUCGGUGGGCAGCUGAGCGUGCUGCAUCAGUCACAGAGGCACAGGGCCGCCUAUUAUCAAACCCCAGAGAAGAAGAACCAAAAAGAACCCCUCAAUUACUUCCAAAUUCGCCUGUUACUUCCCCUGGGACUGAAGGCAGUGGAAGUGACUCCCGAAAUUCUCUUUCUGGAUCCAGAAGGAACCCAAGGCAGCUGAUGGCACCCCAUUCCAUACUGAAAGCCAUGGAAGAGAGAGCAGCUCAGCGAGCUGAACGUAGGCGGAUCUUGGCAGAGAGGAAGAAAAAACAAGAAGAGGAGAAAUUGGCCCAGUUAAAAGCCCUAGAAGAAGAGCGUCAGAAAAGGGAGGCAGAAGAAAAGGAAGCUCAACUUGAGAAAAAGCGACAAGAGAAGAAACUGAAGAAAAUGAAAGAACUAGAGAAGCAGAAGAGAAUUAAGAGAAACCAGCAGAUGGAAGCAAUAGCCAAAGAACAUUAUGAAAGGGUCUUGCUAAGAAAAAAUGGUCUGGAGCCUUGGAAGAGAUUGAGAAUACAAAGCAAGCAAAACAUGCAGGUGGCCAAAGAACAUCACUCUUUGGCCUUACAGAGGAAAUGCCUGCUGACCUGGUUCCUGCAGAGCCAGGAAAGUCUGGCUAAGAAGACAGCCCAGGCUGAUCAGUUUUAUUCCCAAGUAUUGCUUAGGAAAGUCAUCCGGAGCUGGCUGCAGUACCUGACUGAUUUGGAGAUAGAAAUACAAGAACUACAUAGACAUUUUCUUCAGAAGAAGAUCUUCAGGACCUGGUUUAACAUCGUCAAGGAGGCCAACAUCGAUUCUCAGAGCAAGCACGAGAUUGCUGUGGAGUAUAAUAACAGGAAGAUUCUCUGGAGCAUGUUUCAGACAUGGAAGAAAUUCACAAGAUUUAUGAAAGAGGAAAGAAUGAGAGAAGAAAGGCGAGAGCAACUCCGUAGGAAGGUGACUGAAAUCCUUCCAGACUUUCAGGUGCUGGCAGCACCGUGACUCUUAGCGGUCCCCAUCACUGGCUACAUGGCCCUGUGUACAACACGCCCUUGGUGGGCCAGUGAACACAAGCCAGUGCGUUGCUUAGAAUAGACUCUCUUUUGGUCCCUACAUGUGUUACCUCCACCCACCCACGUACAUAUGUGCAUAUACCUGUCUUAUCUUUCAUCCAAUACUUCUUGCAUCAAAGGAAGUAAUUGAGAAUUUGUACUUUUUUCCUUGAGUUCUCUUGAAUUACUAGUCAGUUCGCUAAAGCAUGCAUUACAGCAGGAUCAUCCAAAGGAAGUCUAGAAUUCUGCCAUUCAAAUGUCUCCUAUAUAAUUUUAGCACUGUAAACUUUGAGAAGGCCAAGCCUGCCUGAAUCUGUGACAGAAAAUGUGUCCUUAUAGCUUAGGUUGUGGCCAAAUGUAAAUUUAAUUAAAUACAAAUUAAAAGUAGUUAGAAAGUAUUUAGAAAAGGAGGCAUGGGAGUGGUCGGUCUUCCAGUAACUGAUCAUCACAACAGGGAUUCUGCCGACCCUGUCCCUUCUGCCCACCCCACAUGGAAAACCGCCUAUCAAAAGGUACUCCAGGCAGCCACUACAAAGGGCAGAGGGGAUCCUGAUUUUAGAGAAAUUGAAGCUCCAAAGACACCUCCCUUCAGUGCAUCUUGAUAAGCACGUACAGAAUUCCAAAAGCUAAUAACUAUCAAAGCAAUCUAGGUAUUUAUUAAAAUGUCUAUUCAUGCUCCCAAAUGCAUCUUUUAAAUAACACAUUCCAUCAAUCUUCUAGUUCUCAGCUCAGUUUGAUUGGAGUUUGAUCUAUAUAUUGCCAUACUUACCUUGAAUUCAAAGAAUGUUUUGAGCUUUAUUGGGCUGAAAGACUGUAACAAUUGGCAAAAUCCUCCUUCCUGUGAAUUAUUGUAGAGAAUUAACAGAAAAAAAAUUUUUCAUUACAAAAUACGUAUUACAAUAUACCAAAAUAGUGAUAAAUGCUCACAGUAAAACCAGAAAGGCCUUUGUAGUCCAAAGGUAACUACCACUAUUUGGUAAGUUGAAUAUCUGAGUUGGUAAAAUAAAAUUCUGCAUGUUAUUCAGUACAUACAUUCUGUUACUAUU